CAGGUCAUGACAAAUGUGCUGUGGUACAUAACAAGUCAUCAUGAAGUGAUAAAUGAUACAGCCCACCAAAGCCAAGACGUUAAACACAUUCCAGAUGUUUUCAGCUGUUAUUCAGGUUACAACGAUUUAAAAAGGAAGAAAAUGAAGGGUCAACAGAUGUCACAGUCAGAUCUCGCCAGUCAUAGUCAGGCGCUGUACAGCAUUUUGUUAAAACCAGUUUGUAAAAGUACACCUGCAUGGAACCAAGCCUUCAUGAACAUCAAGGAUUUAGCUGAUUGUAUGGACUCGUACAAGAACUACUUAAAGAAAAAAACUGGAGACUCAAACAGAAAAUCAGAAACAAACUCACCCAUGUAAACCUAUAUCAGAAUAUGCUACUGUCGAGCACAAGAAGAAAGUGGACUUUGUUGCAAGCAGAUAUUCACAUAUUGAUCAAGUUAUGAGGGAAGCAGAUGAUUUGUCACCUGUAUUUUUUGAUGAGUCUGUACAUCUUGAGCAUCAGUUUGAAGACUCAAAACAGAGAGCAAGAUACUUUGAGCACUUGUAUUUGACUGUUCCAGUGUAUGUAAUUCGUUACUGCCCAGGUGGAUCAAGAAUCACAACUUUCUGCUUAUUCAAAUAAUCCACCAGAAGCACAGUUAUUAAUAGAGGGAGCUCGUUUGUUACAGAAAAUUCAGUCAAGACUUGAAGAAGUUCACACUAGAACACAAAAGCGAGUCUUUAAGGAGAAAGUUAAUCUGAUCACAGCCAUGACUCCGGCUGUAAGGGACUUCAUAUACAGUCAUUUAACAUCUGAUGGGUCAGCAUCUAGUAACCCUGAAAUGCAGGAAAGGUUACGUUUAAUUUCCUUGGGAAACACAGAAAUUGUUGAGGAUCUAAGGCAACUGAAUAGUGGUAGACCAAAGGCUUUUGAGCCUUUCUUUGACAAACUUGAAGAAGUUAUCGAGGAGGUUACAGCAGCAGAUGAACGCCGACAUAACAUAACACAUCUUAGUCAAUGGAUUUCUGUUGAAGAACUGAUAGAGAGUACCAAAGCGGUUGCCUGAAGGUACAGCGAUACCAUCCCCUAGCUCUGUUAGACUACAGUUUGCUCCUAGAAACCCAUACACUCGUAGAGCUCUCAGCUUCACAGGUAGGUUAAAUGUUCAGUAUAAAGUGCAGCGAAGGCAGCUCCGCAUAAGCCAUCAAGACAAACAUUACUGUUCUGCAAUUUUGAAGUAUUUCAAACAUAUGGCUGUUGAACAAAAAGAAGCUAAACCAGUAGUCUUAUUUUGUAAUGACAAGGCUAAAGUGCCAGUAGGUGAGCCUGAUGCACCUGUAUCCACAGGUGUUAGGGGAAAAAAGACCAUUGCACCAACAGACACAACAUUAUCUACACUAGAUCAUGACAUGACUAAAGCAUCAAUCACUCCUUCUGUCUAUUUGAGAUUCAAUGUUCCGGACAGUGCUGAAAAAUCAUUUGUGCAAGGUGUUGUUACAACUGUCACUAAUGACUCUGUAUUUCAGACCUCAAGUCCGUUCAGACAUGCAGGAACUAUAAGUUAAAUGCUCGGAAAUGAACAGCCGAAGAUCAUGAUGAAGUAUACAGAUGGAGGAACAGACCAAAGGAAUAACUUAGAGUCAGUCAAAUGUGCUAAUAUCUGUAUAUUUAAAGAACUUAUCUAGACAUGUUAAUUCAUGCCAGAUGUGCCCCUGGGCACAGUUGGACAAAUCCCGCAGAGAGAGUAAUGUCUGUUUUGAAUUUAGCUCUACAGAACUGUUCACUGGAGAGGGUGAGAAUGUCUGAAGAAGCCGAGAAAGAAUUCCAAAAGUGUGAUUCUAUGGCACAGCUAAGAGAAAUGGCUGCAAAGAAAUCAGAAGUGAAAACACAAUGGCAGGAAUCAAUUGAGCCUGUUCAGUCAACCAUCAGAAAUAGAUUCUUACGUCUCAAGUUAAAGGAUGAACGGUUUCAAGCAGUGGACCCAAUGACAUACGAAGAUAUCGAUGUAAUAAAGAGGCAUCUUCGGGAUCUGUUUCCUACACUGGAUACAGAUAAACUUCAAAAGGUUCAUACCAGUAAAGUUCCAGAGUAUGCAGACUGGAUGUCCAGACAUUGCCGUCAAAGCCAUUACAUCUUCCAAAUAAAGAAAUGUGAAGAUGCAGAUUGCUGUAUUCCUGGAGAAGAUAUGCCUUGGCUUCCUGAUCCAAUGUUAGAUGAGACAGGUGAUCAUUACUACAAGUAUGACGUCGCAAAAACAAUGGAAACCUCAGAAGCCUACAGGCCAUCACUGAAGCUGAACAAACAGACAAAACAGACAAGGCCCAGUGUAAGUAAAAGACAAACCAUGAAUGACAGCACACAUGGUGAUGAAUUGCAGACUGAAGGAACCCCUCAGCAUGACAUACAGAAUCCAGGGAAUAGUCAGGACAAAUCUCUGUACACAACCCAGAAUGCUCGGGCUAUCGUCACUUGUGUGGAAUGAAGAAAACCUCGUGUUAUCUACAGCAAGCAAAGGCUAACAGAACGAAGCAAACUGUCUUUAGCUCUAGCAUUGAGUGAAAUUGAUUUUGUUUGUGGAUCUCCGAUUACAAGUCCCUCAAGUAAACUAGCAGUCAGUUGCAGACCAUGUGAAUGUGCAUCACCUGUAGAAAUCCCAUAUUACGGGAGUGCAUUAGGGCCAAAUGAUGUAUGUGCAUUGUGUGGGAAUGGUGGAGGAGAAAUUGAUCAAGACCUAAAGUUAAACUAUAAAACUGUCCUUCCAUUAUGUAACUUGUGUAAAUUGAAUGGCCUGAAGCCGAUUGUAUUACGACCCUAUGAAAAAAUGAAGAACUGUGUCUUUGUGACCUGGUGUUUUGAAUUUCUGAAGUAGUCAGUUAUUAAAGUCUGAUAAA